GUUCGGGGACUCGGGGAGGCCGCGGGCGUUCCCGGGCGGGCCCCGGGCCUGGAGCAACUUCGGCUCCGUCUGAGCGGGCGUCGCCAUUCCUUGGUCUCGGUUAUCUUCGGGAACUCCGGGCGUAAUAUGAGCAAAACAGCCAGCGGACUAGCCCGUAUUUAAUUUUAGUUUACAUUUGAAAACUCCAGGCCUCAUUUGAAUGUAAAAUGUUAAGAAAUGCCUGUGUGUUUAUGAUGGGGGUGAACCUCAGGCGGGGGGGGGAGGCGGUUCUCGCGUCCCAGGACUGUGACAAGUGUGGUUCCCGCCGUGGCUUCGUCAUCUAGGAACUUGCUGGAAAUGCACAUUGUUAAGUUUGAGAGCCGCGGCUCCAGGAAGCUGCACACGGGGCCGAGCUACUUGCAACUCGGUGACUUUCCUGCCGCAGGAGACUAACACGGACGGUUCAAGUUUCCGCCUUCCCCGAUGCACGUGCAGUUUCGUUAAAGGGAAAGACUUUCCCCUAGCGGCUGGCGACCCCGCGACCUUUCUGACAGGCAGCCUUCUGUCUCGAGGCUCCCCUUGCAGCCCACUCUUCGGAUCCUGAAGCUCCCUGCCCACUAAGACACCCUCGUCCCAGAGAAACGCUUCGGCGCAUUCCCCCGGCCUCAGGCGUCCAUGGCCUUGGCCAGGUUGUUUUGCUCAUUUAUCGCAUGAGCAGCAACUUCCAAGAGUUUUUGUGAGGAUAAAUAAAUCAGUGUAUCGACGAAGUAUUAGCUCCGAUCACGGUGUAUAUUAGGAUUUUGGUGGUGUUAGUACCAAAGCUUGAUCAGCCUUUUACAGGAUGCGGGGUUCCCUGCUCCUUUGCGAGUGUCUGCUGCUGGUAGCGGGCUAUGCUCAUGAUGAGGACUGGAUCGACCCCACGGACAUGCUCAACUACGACGCAGCCUCUGGAACCAUGAGGAGGUCGCAGGUGAAAUAUGGUAUAUCAGAGAAAAAAGAUGACAGCGCUGGCUUGUCAUAUGCUGAUGAAGUGUCGGAAUGUUACAGCAGACUUGAUUCUUUAACUCAGAAGAUUGAUGAGUGUGAAAAGAAAAAGAAGGAAGACUAUGAAAGUCCAAGUAAUCCUGUUUUUAGGAGAUACCUAAAUAAGAUUCUCAUUGAAGCUGGAAAGCUUGGACUUCCUGAUGAAAACAAAGGAGAUAUGCAUUACGAUGCCGAGAUUAUCCUUACAAGACAAACUUUACUGGAAAUACAGAGGUUCCUUGCUGGAGAAGACUGGAAGCCAGGAGCCCUGGACGAUGCCCUCAGUGAGAUUUUAAUUAACUUUAAAUUUCAUGACUUGGAAACAUGGAAGUGGCGAUUUGAAGAUUCCUUUGGUGUCGAUGCGCACAGUGUACUGAUGGUGCUCCUGUGUCUGCUCUGCCUGGUGAUGUUGGUGGCCACGGAGCUGUGGACGCGUGUGCGUUGGUACAUCCAGCUGCGACGAGUUUUUGUCAUCAGUUUUCUCUUCAGCUUGGGAUGGAAUUGGAUAUAUUUAUAUAAGCUGGCCUUCGCACAGCAUCAGGCGGAGAUUGCCAAGAUGGAGCCUGCCGGCAACGUGUGUGCGGAGAAGAUGGAUUGGACUGGCAGUCUCUUGGAAUGGCUCAGAAGUUCAUGGACCUACAAGGAUGACCCAUGCCAAAAGUACUAUGAGCUCUUAUUAGUCAACCCUAUUUGGUUGAUUCCGCCCACUAAGGCACUGGCAGUUACAUUCACCAACUUUGUAACGGAGCCGUUAAAGCACGUUGGAAAAGGGACUGGUGAAUUCAUUAAGGCGCUCAUGAAGGAGAUCCCGGUGCUGCUUCAGAUUCCGGUGCUGGUGAUCCUGGCCCUGGCUGUCCUGAGUUUCUGUUACGGUGCUGGAAAAUCAGUCAGUGUGAUGAGACAUAUAGGGGGUCCUGAGAGGGGACCCCCGCAGGCCCUGGAGCCGGGUGAGCGGACGUGGCCCAAGGCACUCGGUGACUGUGGCGGAGCAGGGGAUGCAGGCUUCUGUUACAGGGGCCAUCGUGGCUCCAUAGAGCAAGGCCCUGGUGACAACAUGCGUGAGUGUAGAAGAGAUGAUGUGAGGGAGAAAGACCCUGCCUGCAGAUUUCCUAGCAGCCAUAGGAGCUCCGAGGUGCUCCGGGCGUGUGACUUACCAGACACAGAGGCACAAGAGCACCCCAAGGUGGCACCCAGUCGUAGAUCGCCUGUUCCGGAUACAAAGCCCGGGGACACUGGUGGGGUCGCAGGCGAAAGCGUGCAGCCUUCCAAGCCAGCCCCUGUCGCAGUGGUCUCGGGAGCCCCUGCAAGGCCCCCCGGCGUGGAAGAGGCCCCGCUGAAGAGCGAAGCUGAUGGCGGCCCAGCAUGUGGAAGGGAUCCGGUCAGCAGCCCGUGCGGCUAGGGCGAUGCCAGGGCCGCAGCUCGUGAAGUAUAUUCUCAGUGACUGUUCGCUCUUCCCCACCUACAUUCUGGUGUUUGCGACAAAGGUGCCAGUUUACUGACAAUCAGAAUUAAUGAACACAUGUAUGUAUGUACAUAUGUACGUAUGUCCGUACAUAUGUACACAUGUAUGUAAGCUAUUUCAUCUUUUUAAGAUCUUAAAGUUUUGAAGUAUUAAUUUUGGAACAGGGUCUCAUGGAAUUUACUUUUUAAAACGAAUAUUCUGGCAAUACUCAUUAGAUAAUUAAGGUGAUUGACUUAGGGGACGCUGAAGAAGAACCUUCAUUUGCAGGCAGCCAGGUGUGUCCCUGGUCGAGUCCCGUGGCGCCCACUUUGGCCCCCAGGAUCGUCCUGGCCAGGGCGCCGGGUGCAGGCCGGACCCCGCAGUCUCCUUGGCUAGCCCGCACGGA